GCGUGCGUGCGUGCCUGCGCUCGGCGGCGGCGGCGGCGGCGCAGCGUCCCCUGCCCCGAAUGAAAGGGACGGUCCCGGCGAGCGAGCGGCCGUGAGCGACCGGCGGUGACGGGGGGGGUGGGGGUGUGCCCGAGCUGCUCCUCUCCCCGGCGCCCCGCCCGCCUCACGGUGUUGCGAAAUGUAUAAAUAGUGUUAAUGCCCAGUGAUACAGAAAAAAGCGAAUACAAAAAACGCAAGAUUGGAAAGAAAACUUUUAGAUAUCCUUGGAAAAUGCUUUCCAAGUAACUUAAUCUGGUGAUGAAAAGAAUCAUUGAGAGAAUUGAAGUGGUCUUCUAAGGUCAUUUAGAAUCAUGACAAGUUCCGUUGGACAGAAAAAAGUCUCUUCAAGACAAAGGAAAUGUGGGUUUUGUCGCUCUAAUAAAGAUAAUGAAUGUGGACAAUUAUUAAUGUCAGAAAACCAGAAGGUGGCAGCACAUCACAAAUGUAUGCUAUUCUCCUCUGCACUGGUAUCUUCACACACUGAUAAUGAGAGUCUUGGUGGAUUCUCCAUUGAAGAUAUUCAGAAAGAAAUUAAGAGAGGCACUAAAUUGAUGUGCUCUUUAUGCCAUUGUCCUGGAGCAACCAUUGGCUGUGAUGUGAAAACAUGUCACAAGACAUAUCACUACUACUGUGCUUUGCAUGAUAAAGCUCAGAUAAGAGAGAAACCCUCACAAGGCAUUUACAUGAUUUUAUGUCGAAAACACAAGAAAACAACGCAUAACUCUGAAGCAGAUUUAGAAGAAAGUAUCAAUGAACACGAGUUGGAGCCUUCACCUCCCAAAGGAAAAAGGAGGGGUCGUAAGGGAAAGCCAAGGAAAACAAAUUUUAAAGGGCAAUCAGAAGACACUAGAUCUACGUCCUCACAUGGCACAGAUGAAAUAGAAAGCAGUUCCUAUAGAGACAGGUCUCCCCACAGAAGCAGCCCCAGUGAUACAAAACCUAAAUGUGGAUUCUGUCAUGCAGGUGAAGAAGAAAAUGAAGCUAGAGGAAAGCUUCAUAUAUUUAAUGCCAAAAAGGCUGCAGCACACUAUAAGUGCAUGUUGUUCUCUUCUGGCACUGUCCAACUAACAACAACUUCAAGGGCAGAGUUUGGUGAUUUUGAUAUCAAAACUGUACUUCAAGAAAUAAAGAGAGGAAAAAGAAUGAAAUGCACACUUUGUAGCCAGCCUGGUGCUACUAUCGGGUGUGAAAUUAAAGCCUGCAUAAAAACAUACCAUUACCACUGUGGAGUAGAAGACAAAGCUAAAUACAUUGAGAAUAUGUCACGAGGAAUUUAUAAACUCUAUUGUAAAAACCAUAGUGGAAAUGAUGAAAGAGAUGAAGAGGAUGAAGAAAGAGAAAGCAAAAGCCGUGGCAAAUCAGGCACUGACCAUAAUGACAUUCCUCAGCAGCAGCUCAAUGGAAACUAGGUUCAAGGGACAGAGUAUAGAACUGGGAAUGGCUAAGACAUCAUAACUACUAAUUCUUUUAAAAUGUUUUCUAAAAUCAGAAAAGGGUUAGUAAUUUUUUACUACCCAACUCUGUUAGAGAUUUCAUUGAACUGCCUGAAACGUUCAUGUGUGUGAGACUUCAGUAAGUGGCAGAGUUUUACAUGUCAAUAUUAUGUAGUUUGUAGUCUGCAGUGUCUGGAAAAAAAUGAAACACUAUAUCAAUGAUAUGUAAUGUGUACAGUGUCAAAAGUUAAGGCAGACAUGGAAAUGAAGUAAGAUCUAUAUUUCUGGACUGAAUAAAAACCUUAAGAUUUGCAAUGUGUAAGUUGUUUAGUGGAUUCAUACGAUGAGGGAAGGUCUUAGCUAGUUUAAUGAACAACAUGGACAAGUUUGUGGUGGCAACCAGCUGGUACUUUGUGAAUUUUGCAUUUUCUUCAUACACAAGUUAUGGAGGUGAUACAUGGGAAAGCUGCUCUCUGGUUUUUGCUUGCAAAGCACACAGUAGAAAAGGACUCAGUGUACACCGAAGCACGCUUGAACAUUUCAGGUUGUUCCUGUUGUGGUUGCUCUUUCCGCCCAGCAUUGUUUGCGGGAGAUUUACUUGAGCAGCUGUUGGUUCUGAGCUGUGAGCUUUAGAACUCAUGCCAAAGGGCUGUAGUUCAUUCUUUCCCCAAGGAGCCACCUCUUUUCUGUGUCCCCUAUUUACAAACACUUCACCAAGUGUGAUUAAAACCUUGCUAUACAAAUGUUUGGAUUCUGCAGCCCAAUGUCUUUUACUUCAGAGAGUUACAGCUCUUAAUGAUGGAAUUUAGCCACCAUAUCUGACAUCCAUACCUCAAGUGUUCUGUGUCUUGUGGAACACUUCAUGUUUUGUCCAGAACAUGCAUAAAGGUCCCAUAUUCUGUAAGAAGAAUGAGGAAACAACUUUUUUUGCUAAAUUGGAUAUUUAUUUUUUAAUCUUAUGACGACUAUAUGAGAAACUUUACUUAGCAUCCUGAUUGUUUUAGUAAUUUUUUUCCCCUCUUUCUGUCAAGCCAACAAUCAUGUCAAGGAAUUCUGCUUGCUAGAGUUUAAUGUUCCUUUAGGGAAUUAGCAGGUUUAGGCUAUCUAUACCAAACCUAACAGAUCAGUCCUCCGACUCCUUUCAAAAAACCUUGUCAUUUCUGAUGGCUACUGGCUUCUUCAGUUAAUCUGUUAAAGCACAUUCUCAGACUUACUUAAGUAAAACCAAAAAGCUGAAUCUAGUCCCCAUGUUUGUCUGUUGCUACCGUAUCACCUUAUUGUUUAUUUAGGGUUUUGACUUGUUUCACUCUGAACUCCCAACAAAACUUCUGGAUUUGAAGGAAGGAAACAAGCAAAAUACACUGAUUUGACUAUAAACUGCUACAGUUCUUCUGUGAUUGGUAUUGCAAAACCAGUUAAUUUGUAACAUGAAUUCCUGUAGCAUUUUUUUACUUGUAUUUUUAAAAGGUUUAACGUGUGUCAUUUGUCUUCUUAUGCAUUCCCUUAAUAUCUUGAGGGACUCAAUUACUGUGUAUUGAAGUUUCUAACAUUUUACCUGUUAGAAUUCAAUUGAUUCUUUUUGCUUUCCUGGAGAAUAAUGCCAUUUUGAAAAGAAAUAUUGCUGUGUACAGAAAAUAUUCAGUUACUGCUCUAAACAUGAUGCCAUGGAUCAUUUUUAUUUUGUAUUUGUAACUUUCAAAAUUAAAAGCGUGACUUGAAUUGCAAUGACAGAUUGAUUAUUGACAGUGUCUAUCCAUCAAGGUGUUUUGCUUUCUCUAGAAUAUGAACAUUUUUCAGCCACUCAGAACAGUUUUAAAGUGCAAAAUAACAUCCUUCAAUGUUUAAGUUACUUCUAGAUUUGUGCUUCAGACGUGGCUCUCCCAUGGAAUAAAAGGCACUUUGUUUGCAGCUACUGUAUUUUAACUAAGGUUGCAUGGGGUAGAUUUACCAGCAUACUGAUUGCAUUUGAGACUGAGCUCUAAUUCAUCGUGUGUCAGUUGCUUAGUACAAUAUUCUGUCUGAUAAUUCAUCUGUUGUGAAAUAAAUGACCCCACUCCAUGCCUUGAAGAACCAUAACAGCACUUUACCUUUGGGUAGCAGAAAAGUGACUGGUUUACCUGUUACCUCUUUGUGCUGAGAUGGCCUGACUAAACUGUCACUAGUUCAAAAUUCAUGGAAAGUCAAAAGCAAAAAUCUUUUCUUAUGAGCCUCAAAUUUGUCAUAACUGACUUCAACUCAUGUAUGCUGGGUAAAAGUGCCUUACAAUGUAAAAAUUGUAUUUAUAUGUUCCCAAGUAGCAUCACCUGCUGGGGAGUAAUUCUGUCGUGGUGUUAAUAUUUAGAAGAAAUGUACCUCAGCAGUGUAUUUACUGUACAUCUCCUACAUCCUUAAUUGUAGUUUUAAAAAGCAUGACAAUGUAUGAUAGUAUACAACAUUUACAUCAUUUUUUAAAGAUUAAAUACUGCCAUUCCUGUCUUUUUAUGUGUAUUUUAGCUUGGAAUUUCAGACAGUCUGAAUUCUUCUGUUUUUUUCUUU